UGCUGUGGAGCAGAGAAUGUGGAGGUACCGACGGAACAGAAGGUUUAUGUGCGAAUGUCACAAGCAAGGAAUCCCAAGAUAGCCUUGUCUUCCCAGAAGAGCCACCCCUGUGAGAGUUGUGGAAUAGUCUUGGGAAAUAUUUUCCAUGUGAUAGAGUUGCAGGGAACACAACACGGACAGAUACUGUUGAGGUGUGGGGCAUGUGCAAGACGGUUUGACUUCAGUGUAAAAUUUCACCAGCAGCAUGUGAGAGAGAAGACUUUCAUUAGAGGUGUGGACAGGAUCUCACUUGCAAACAGCUGCAAUUUCAAUGUGUUCCAGCAACGUUUCACUUGCGGGGAGGUUGGGCAGGGUGUCCUUACCGAAUCAGGACAUCUCCACCUAAAUGUUCCUCAGACCAGGGACAGUCCAAGGAGCACUGGUCUCCAAUAUCAUCAGAGAGUUCACAUAGGAGAAAAGCCUUAUCAAUGCAGUGAAUGUAGGAUAUCUUUUGCCAGUAAAGGUCACCUUCGUAUUCAUCAGAGAGUUCACACAGGAGAAAAGCCUUUUGAAUGCAGUGAAUGUGGAAAGUCUUUUACCCGUAGCACUGGUCUCCAAUAUCAUCAGAGAAUUCACACAGGAGAAAAGCCUUUUGAAUGCAGUGAAUGUGGGAAAUCUUUUUCCUGGAACAGUGAUCUUCGUCGUCAUCAGAGAGUUCACACAGGAGAAAAGCCUUAUAAAUGCAGUGAAUGUGGAAAGUCUUUUACCCGUAGCCCUGCUCUCCAAUAUCAUCAGAGAGUUCACAGAGGAGAAAAGCCUUAUAAAUGCCGUGAAUGUGGAAAGUCCUUUACCGGUCGCGCUGGUCUCCAAUAUCAUCAGAGAGUUCACACAGGAGAAAAGCCUUUUCAAUGCAGUGAAUGUGGGAAAUCUUUUACAGGUAAUACUCAGCUUCGUACUCAUCAGAGAGUUCACACUGGAGAACAGCCUUAUAAAUGCAGUGAAUGUGGGAAAUCUUUUAAAAGUAGGAAAGGUCUUCAAUAUCACAGAGCUCACACUGGAGAAAGCCAUUAUGAGUGCAAUUAAUGUGAGAUAUCUCUCAGUCUAAUUUGUAAAUUAGCUUUACAGAAAUGAAUCUGGAUAUGAUAAGGUUUUUAGAUGUGUAGGAAAUGUAGUUUGUUACUUAGGACUUAACAAUUGUAUAAGAAAAUAAGUAAAGUCCUUUUAGUCUGAAUUAUAUCUCAUACAUUUUAGCAUCUACAUUAUGUAAUGUCCCCACAACUGUUUCUGAUGUUGUAUUUCUUUUUAUGUUGGAAGUAUACGUAUCUAUGUUGCACUUUCUAACAUACAGAGAUAUCCUGCCCGAUCUAUGUCACUGCAUAUUUCUGUUGCUGAAGCUAUUUCCCCCUAUAUUAUAGCGUCCGAUAAGGUCCCGACAGAUGGCAUCAAUCACCAUCUUAAUGAGCCCAGGGAAGCUAACUGUGUUGUCUAAUUUGUUGAAGAAAAUAGGAAUACCUCAUCCCUUAGUUCUCGUAUUCCUGCCAUGAGUCGCCACAUAGGACUGAUUACUGUUGACGCCAGUAAACAUUAUGUAGAAGAUCUGCCAUUUUGAUGGACACACUUUCCUACAUGCUAAUGUUGAGUUUAUUUAUUGAGUGCCUAAGUCAUCAAGGGGAGAAAUGCCGGUCUCAGGUGUCUUUCUCUGUAAAAUAAUGAAGGCUUUUUACUAGGA